CAAUACUUCGCGUUUGACAACUGGCCUGCGGACGCUGGUAUACCAGCUGCGUAAGGCGGGACAGCGCACUGUGGACCUCAUCAGGGUGUACCUCAUCAGGGUGUACCUCAUCAGGGUGGAUCAUACAUAUACCCCAGAACGGACCAGCUACAGACAGUAGAUGUGACGCCAAGGGUUGAACAGCUGAGUGACGCCAAGGUUGACCAGCAAGUGACGCCAAGGUUGAGCACCAAGUGACGCCAAGGUUGACCAGCAAGUGACGCCAAACGUUGACCAUCAAGUGACACCAAACGUUGACCUGCUGAUAUGAUGGAGCGAAUGAAGCAGUGGUUGGGGAUAUCCCGCGAGUCCAGCCCCACCCGGUCCCCGCCAGGGUCUCCGGCUUCCCACGCCCCAGUGAGUCACGUGACACGGCCCUCGAAUGUCUCACCCAGUAAGCCUAGAUCUAUCGACCAAUCAGAAGUCAAGAAAGCAGAAAUGGCGACAUCGUCUUCCCUUCCGGCGCCCGCGCGACGUCGGUCAAGGUCAAAGUCACCAAGUAGACCUGGACGGCAGCGACAGACCAGCAGUGGAAGUCGAACUCUUGGACUGACAAAGACGUCUGACGACGAAACGUUCUUGCCACGGGCACAUCAGAAUCCCGAGGUACAGGAAUCGGAUGGAAAUUUCUUUGAGAGUUUUACGGCUUUAGCCUGGAGGCAGGAGAAUAAACGUCUUCGACUAGCAAGCGAGGAUGAGAAAGAGGCUGAAAAACCACCACCUUCUGAAACCAAGUUUGGUGCCAAGCCAAAGCAUCACCAACUUAGCCGGAAAGAGUAUGAGCUGCUCUACAUUGAGGUGCUCUACACCAUCAAGCACAAGAUCGGGACAACCACCAGCUGCCACUCGCCGUUCAUCCAGGACCUCUACCAAUACGCCCAGGAGGCGUUCGGGGUGCGGCCGGAGGACCAUGCUCGUCUCCUUGCCAAGGCCACUGAGGAGAAGCCUCCAAUUGUCAUCCUCAACAUAUCUGUGAUUGAAGCUAAGGGACUGUUGGCCAAAGAUGCAGACGGUUUCAGUGACCCCUACUGCAUGCUGGGGAUCCAGCCGAGCCAUCCCUCUGAAGGCGAUCCCAACACCUUGUUCUCAUCUGACGAGGAAUCAGGGACAAGGACGAAGGAGAAGGAGCGCCGUGGACUGCGUAAGUUCUCGACCAGUCUGCGCAAGAAGAAGGACAAGGAACUUGUGAAGGACCUGGUGCCUGCCAAAUACAUCCAGACAACCGCUGUGAUACCCAACACUCUCAACCCUGAGUGGAAUGAAAAAUUCCGAUUUGACUUGGAUGCUGCCCACACUGACCGGUUCCAUUUGGACAUCUGGGAUCACGAUGAGGAGUUCUCUGUCAUCGAUGCUGCCAAGAGCCUGAAUGAGGUGUCGGGCUUCAGGGGGCUCGGACGUUUCUUCAAACAGAUUGCUCAGUCAGCCCGCACCAAAAACGACAGCAGUAUCGAUGAUUUCCUGGGCUGUGUGGACAUAGGACUUGACAACAUCCCGUCUGUGGGGCUGGACCAGUGGUAUCAGCUGCAGGGCAGGUCCUCCAGGUCAAACAUCCAGGGGGAGAUCCACCUCAAGCUUAAGUUAGCCACGAGGGAAGAUCGAGGCAUCCCUGAAGAUGACAACUGGACAGACGUCAAACAGCAUGAAGAUCUUAUGUGUAUAUUUAUUGAACAUGAAGUCAGAAAAUUUAAUGACCCUUCCUUCAAGUGGACUGGGGACCUGCCCCAGGCUGCCCUCACCAUCCUCCACCAGCAUGCCAUACAGGGGGACGUCACGGAGGUGCAGCAGGCUGUCUGUCGGUGGAUGGCCCACAGCCGGCAGCAUGCCAAGUACCCGCUUUCCUACAGCCUGCUUCUGGCUCAUCUGACCAACCUGGACAAGGUGUGGAAGCCUGCCACUCUCUCCAGGGAUGAGGAGGAGAGCCUUGCUGAGUCAUUCAACCUGUUCAUAGAAUACUGCUUGACUCUACUUCACCGACAACGGGAGACCUUCCCACCAUCAAACAGGACAGCCUUCUCGAGGCUGGAGGGCAUGUUUAGGUGCCUGGCCAACAUCUACAGCAUGAAGGUGUUCAAGAAGUGCUGCCCAUUCCAGAAGGAGCUGCACUCCGAGAUCACAGCUGUCGUAAAGCGUGGGAACCAGGACUGGUACGAGAGGCUGUACAGUAGCUGCAGAUCCCAGACCAAGCGUGAGGAGGACAGCCUGCAGAGCCUGAUCGAGCUGACAAACCACUUGAAUGCCGACAUCUACCGGGGCAGCCAGUACUACAACAGCAUCUUUGAGAGUCUUGUGAGCGUGAACUACUUUUCCUUGACCUAUCGACAGCUGGAAAAGAUGCUUGCCGCGGACAUCAGCCAAGGGCUGGAGGAGGAGCUUGGCGAAGAAGUCAACCAGGAUAUCUCUGUCAUCCUCAAGAAGAUGGACUGCGACCGGGAACUGGACAGCUUGGGCCCCCCACCCCCAACCAUGGGCACCACCUUGUUUGAGCUGUACCUUGCCUUGCAGGAGUUUGCCAGAUACUCAAACAACUUACCACCUGGAGAACUGAGGAGUCUGGCCAUCUCCCAGUACUAUGAGUGGUUUGGCUUCGCUGUCAGCAAGUGGCUCUGCAUUGCCAGACACAAGGCUCUCAAGAGGAUCCGCAAAGCUGUGGAACUUGAUAAGGUGGCCCAGGUGGAUGCUGUGGUGAAGUAUAGCACGUCUGCUGUGGAUGUGUGCUGUUGCUUUGCCCAGAUCACUGAGUUCUGGAAGCAGCUGUCCUGGCCAGAUCUGGUGGGAGCCUACCAGUUUGUACACCGACUUGUUGAGGACAUCAGCAAUGGGGCUCAGCUGUAUGCGGACUUGGUGCAUGAGAAGCUGACUGCUGCUGGCUACUAUGAUGACGAGGGGCAGUUUGAUAUCACUGAGCAGCUGUGCAUCACCAUCAACAACAUUGAGCAGGUGCGUCGGUCGCUGUGUGUGCUUCCAGAGUCACUUGAGUUUAACGCAAUACAACGCGCCCUGGAGGCCACAGGCGGAGAUGGAGCAGAACAGCUGGAUGCGCAUUCUCUGAGGAAGAAGCUGUGUCAGGCCGACUCGGCCAUGAUCAGGAAGAUCACACAAGUGGUGGACAGGGUGGCCGACAAGAUGCGUCCUGACAUCAAGAAGGAUGUGUUCCACCUGAAUUGGGCCCCAGAGUCACUCCCUGCAGACGAUGCGGUUGGUGACCUCCUGGAGUACCUGGACAGCAAUCUGCUCACUCUCAACAACAACCUGCUCAAGACCAACUUUGACCGAAUUUUAGAGUCAAUAUGGGUGGAAGUGUUGGAGGAGUUCAAGGAUGUGCUGGACAAUGAGGAGGUGAGACCUCCCAUCUUCUACCAGCGCAUGUUUGACGCCCUUGGUCUUCUGGUCGAUUUCUUCCAUGCUAAAGGGAAAGGGCUGAACAUGGAGGAUAUCCUUUCCCAACAGUUCCAGGAGUUGCGAGAGCUGCUGACCUUCCACAAGAUGGACACCACGUCUCUGAUUGAGACCUUCUACAUCCAGAUGGCCGAGAUCCAGAAGCAGCAAGAGAGUACAGAGUUUGGUGUCCUCAACUUCCGUGCUGUGUACAGAUAUGACUCUCACACUCUGUAUGUGGAAGUUCUGAGUGCCAAGGAUCUCAUCCCACUGGAUGCCAAUGGUCUCAGUGACCCCUUUGUGCUGGUGCAGCUCUGUCCGGACCAUGUGUUCCCCGACAUCACUGUGCAGAGCACGCAGGUCGUCAAGAAAACUCUACAUCCACUCUUUGAGGAGUCAUUUGAGUUUGCCGUCAAUCCUGGCCAGUGCCAGCACAAGGGGGCCACGCUGCUGUUUACUGUCAUGGACCACGACCUGGUGUUCCAGAACGACUUUGCCGGCGAGGUGUACCUGGCGAUGGAGGACGUCCCCGGAGUCAGUGGCGAGGAGGUCAAGGGCUAUGAUGCCCUCAGCAUCAUCUCCCUCCCUCUCAUACAGCCAAAACACAAAGCUUAUGGUGCCUUGCAGAUCCUGGCACAGCGGGUCUGGGACAAGGAGGCGCAGGAAUUCGUGAAGAAACGGAGCAAGGUGGAGGAACAGGCAGCCUGAAGGUCCAAAGUCAGUCACAUGACCUCGCUUUUGAAGUUGUACGUCGGGGUCAGUCAGCUGCAUGAUGAUGUGUCUGUGCUCCUGUUGAAGACUGUGCUUCUUUAUACAUAUGUGUGCCUGUGUGCCCCCUGGCGAUGUGUUGCCAAGCUAUCAGACAACAGCUGCCAUGGAGACAUGACAGGAGGAUUAUAACUUCUACAGGCAGAUCAUUGAGAUGAGAUUUCAUCUUGCUUAAAAUAAGUGGAGAGGAUAUACAGCUGAAAGAUAUUUUGUAUCAAAGACCAGUGUGAUGGUCACUGUUAACUGCAAAAGUAAACUGAAAAAAUCUGUCAUGUUUGGAAUAAUACGAAACAUGAUAUACACAAAGUUAUUGAGGAGUUACGUGUACGACUCACAGAGCUGCACAAUUUGAAUACUUAACUCACUGUGUAAAAUCCGCGUGAGAACUCUGUGUGAUUGUGUUGGAUUGUGUUCCCAUAAGACACUGUGUUUUCUCUACCCACAAGGCACUGUGUUUCCUCUACCCUCAAGAUACUGUGUUACCUCUCCCCACAAGACACUGUUUCCUCUCCCCACAAGAAACUGUUUCCUCUACCCUCAAGAUACUGUGUUUCCUCUACCCUCAAGAUACUGUGUUUCCUCUACUCACAAGACACUGUAUUUCCUCUACCCACAAGACAGUUUCCUCUACCCACAAGACACUGUUUCCUCUACCCUCGAGACACAGUGUUUUCUCUACUCACAAGACACUGUAUUUCCUCUACCCACAAGGCACUGUGUUUCUUCUACCAACAAGACACUGUAUUUCCUCGACCCACAAACAUCAUCCACAGCAGAGGUGACAAAAAUCUUCUGAAGUGCAUAUUAAUUUCUUCUAAAACAAUAGAAAACAUGUUUACGCUUUUAGUAGAUUCUUGGAGUAGAAGUAACGGUGAAAAGGAAGAAGUGAGGUAUGCAUGCUCACAUGUUAUCCCAGCACACCACAGGUACAUGUUACAGAACUAGGACAUCUGUGUGUCACACAUCUCACAUCUCCAUAACUUUGUGACAGAACCUCAUACUUUGCCUGACAGAGUUUUAGUACCCUCUGCAGCCAUUGUUUCAUGGUGACACAAACACAAGCAACAGGUGUCAGUGCAGCCAUUGUUUCAUGGUGACACAAACACAAGCAACAGGUGUCUGUGCAGCCAUUGUUUCAUGGUGACACAAACACAAGCAACAGGUGUCUGUGCAGCCAUUGUUUCAUGGUGACACUAACACAAGCAACAGGUGUCUGUGCAGCCAUUGUUUCAUGUCGACACUAACACAAGCAACAGGUGUCUGUGCAGCCAUUGUUUCAUGGUGACACUAACAUAAACAACAGGUGUCUGUGCAGCCAUUGUUUCAUGGUGACACUAACACAAGCAACAGGUGUCUGUGCAGCCAUUGUUUCAUGUCGACACUAACACAAGCAACAGGUUCCUGUGCAGCUAUUGUUUCAUGGUGACACUAACAUAAACAACAGGUGUCUGUGCAGCCAUUGUUUCAUGGUGACACUAACACAAGCAACAGGUGUCUGUGCAGCCAUUGUUUCAUGGUGACACUAACAUAAACAACAGGUGUCUGUGCAGCUAUUGUUUCAUGGUGACACUAACACAAGCAACAGGUGCCUGUGCAGCCAUUGUUUCAUGGUGACACUAACACAAACAACAGGUGCCUGUGCAGCCAUUGUUUCAUGGUGACACUAACACAAGCAACAGGUUCCUGUGCAGCCAUUGUUUCAUGGUGACACAACACAAGCAACAGGUGUCUGUGCAGCCAUUGUUUCAUGGUCACAUUAACACAAGCAACAGGUGCCUGUGCAGCCAUUGUUUCAUGGUGACACUAACACAAGCAACAGGUUCCUGUGCAGCCAUUGUUUCAUGGUGACACAAACACAAGCAACAGGUGUCUGUGCAGCCAUUGUUUCAUGGUGACACAAACACAAACAACAGGUGUCUGUGCAGCCAUUGUUUCAUGGUGAGUGCUUGUACCAUAUGCUUGAUUUUAAGGGGUAGAGUAUAUAUCACAUGCUUGCUUCUGUCUCUGGUACAAUAUAGUUCUUGUAUCUAUCACAAUGUACACCAUCUUAGCUCACCUUUCUCUUGGUUCUUGUAUGAUUGUAUUUCUCACAACUGCACUCUAUUUUUGUGUUAAUUUCUUGAUACACACAUCUGUAUUCAAAGUUGACAGGUUAUUGAUUCAGUACUAUUUUGUGGAUAACAUUUUUCACGUGCUCCCUGGCUAGAUGACGAAUGUGUAUAUCUUCACAGUCUCAUCAAGCUAGUGUGUAGGAAGCACUGUGACAUCAAGCUUGUGUGUAGGAAGGAGGGUGACAUCCAUCUAGUGUGUAUAUCUUCACAGUCUCAUCAAGCUAGUGUGUAGGAAGCACAGUGAUAUCAAGCUAGUGUGUAGGAAGCAUGGUUAAAUCAAGCUUGUGUGUAGGAAGCACGGUGACAUCAAGCUAGUGUGUAUUUCUUCACAGUCUCAUCAAUCUAGUGUGCAGGAAGCACGGAGAUAUCAAGCUUGUGUGUAGUAAGCACGGUGAUAUCAAGCUAGUGUGUAGGAAGCACGGAGAUAUCAAGCUAGUGUGUAGGAAGCACGGUGACAUCAAGCUAGUGUGUAUAUCUUCACAGUCUCAUCAAGCUAGUGUGUAGGAAGCACGGAGAUAUCAAGCUUGUGUGUAGGAAGCACCGUGACAUCAAGCUAGUGUGUAGGAAGCAUGUCGACAUCAAGCUAGUGUGUAGGAAGCACAGAGAUAUCAAGCUAGUGUAUAGGAAGCACGGUGACAUCAAGCUAGUGUGUAGGAAGCAUUGUGACAUCAAGCUAGUGUGUAGGAAGCAUGGUGACAUCAAGCUAGUGUGUAGGAAGCACGGUGACAUCAAGCUAGUGUGUAUAUCUUCACAGUCUCAUCAAGCUAGUGUGUAGGAAGCACGGUGACAUCAAGCUUGUGUGUAGAAGGCAUGGUGACAUCAAGCUAGUGUGUAUAUCUUCACAGUCUCAUCGAGCUAGUGUGUAGGAAGCACAGUGAUAUCAAGGUAGUGUGUAGGAAGCACGGUGACAUCAAGCUAGUGUGUAGGAAGCAUGUCGACAUCAAGCUAGUGUGUAGGAAGCACGGUGACAUCAAGCUAGUUUGUAGGAAGCAUGGUGACAUCAAGCUAGUGUGUAGGAAGCACGGUGACAUCAAGCUAGUGUGUAGGAAGCAUGGUGAUAUCAAGCUAGUGUGUAGGAAGCAUGGUGACAUCAAGCUAGUGUGUAGGAAACACGGUGACAUCAAGCUAGUGUGUAGGAAACACGGUGACAUCAAGCUAGUGUGUAGGAAACACGGUGACAUCAAGCUAGUGUGUAGGAAGCAUGGUGAGAUCAAGCUAGUGUGUAGGAAGCACAGUGAUAUCAAGGUAGUGUGUUGGAAGCAUGGUGACAUCAAGCUAGUGUGUAGGAAGCACGGAGAUAUCAAGCUAGUGUUUGGGAAGCACAGUGAUAUCAAGGUAGUGUGUAGGAAGCACGGUGAUAUCAAGCUAGUGUGUAGGAAACACGGUGACAUCAAGCUAGUGUGUAGGAAACACGGUGACAUCAAGCUAGUGUGUAGGAAGCAUGGUGACAUCCAGCUAGUGUAUAGGAAGCAUGGUGAGAUCAAGCUAGUGUGUAGGAAGCAUGGUGAGAUCAAGGUAGUGUGUAGGAAGCAUGGUGACAUCAAGCUAGUGUGUAGGAAGCACGGUGACAUCAAGCUAGUGUGUAGGAAGCAUGGUGACAUCAAGCUAGUGUGUAGGAAGCACGGUGAUAUCAAGCUAGUGUGUAGGAAGCACGGUGACAUCAAGCUAGUGUGUAGGAAGCAUGGUGACAUCAAGCUAGUGUGUAGGAAGCACGGUGACAUCAAGCUAGUGUGUAGGAAGCAUGGUGACAUCAAGCUAGUGUGUAGGAAGCACGGUGACAUCAAGCUAGGGUGUAGGAAGCACGGUGAGAUCAAGCUAGUGUGUAGGAAACACGGUGACAUCAAGCUAGUGUGUAGGAAGCACGGUGACAUCAAGCUAGUGUGUAGGAAGCACGGUGACAUCAAGCUAGUGUGUAGGAAGCACGGUGAGAUCAAGCUAGUGUGUAGGAAGCACGGUGACAUCAAGCUAGUGUGUAGGAAGCAUGGUGACAUCAAGCUAGUGUAUAGGAAGCAUGGUGAUUAAGGCUUAUAGUUCAUUUAAAAAAAUAUCUGAUUUUGUAGCUGUAGCUGAAACAAUAUCUCAUCUUGAUACAACCGCCAACCCCACCCUCAAUAUCAAAUGAUUGAUCCCCAACAGAUCAGUCGCUGCACAUUCAGAGGUUGAUGUUCAGCAUUUUGUAUCGUAGUGCUCAACACAUUUUUGUAUAUUUAUAUUGAAGUCCUCACACAGAUUGUAUUGAUAUAUCUAUUGCUGUUAUGUUUGACAUGUUAUUGCAUAUUUAUUGUUUGAAAUUAUCCUGUGUGUUUUGUAUUUUCAGCUAGAGCUGAUUGAUUCUCAAAUGAUUUUUAUGACCAAAGUUCAUAUUUCCUUAUAUAAAAUUGAAAUUGUGGGUGUUGAAAGAUCAACAGAUCUGCAUGUGGAGAGGUGGAAGUCUGUGUGUGCCACACCAGAGCACUGUCAGUGUUCUGCAGGGGAUGUUGUGUGCAUGAGGAAUUCUUGCCUGAGAAUGUCAAGUAUCAUACAGCCUUCAACAAACACACCUGUAUCAGUAAUAGGAAAGAAACCGAUAAUUUCUCAGGGAUAAUUACAGAUGCCUUUCUUGAAUACAAUUCUUGACUAGAACUAGCUGUGACUUACGGUGACUCUGUUUCAAUGAGAAGCUGUGUUUCAUACUCUUUUUAAAAAAACCUUGUAGUGUUUAGUCUGGGGGGGGGGCUUUCCCUGUAUAGGAAUCUAAGGGUAUAAAGUCCAUCAAGGGCCUUCAUCAAGUGGCCACAAUCAAACACAGUAGCAGUGAAAAGAAAUGGGUGUCCUUAAACUUAUGUCAGUCAUAUUCGUAUAACUAUUGUGUAGUUGGAAAGAAUGUAUUGUAUGUUUUAAACAUUUACUUUGGCUGUUGUAACCUUUGUCAUGGCUCAAAAGAUCUCAUUAUAUCCUAGUACAUCUUAUAUCAUUAAAUGCUUGUAUGACUUAUAUCUUUAUAUUGUAUUCACUGUACUCUGUAUUAUUGUGCAAGCAUGUACCACAGUGCACUUUUUUGUAUACAAGCUCACAAUACAUGUGUUGUAUACAAGCCCACAAUACACACAUUGUAUACAAGCCCACAAUACACACGUUGUCCACAAGCCCGCAAUACACACAUUGUAUACAAGCCCACUAAACACACAUUGUGUACAUGCCCACAAUACACACAUUGUAUACAAGCCCACAAUACAUACAUUGUAUACAAGCCCACAAUACACAAGUUGCAUACAUGUCCACAAUACACAUGUAUACAUGCCCACAAUACACAAGUUGUAUACAAGCCCACAAUACACAAGUUGUAAAAAUGCCCACAAUAAAACACAUUGUAUACAAGCCCACAAUACACACAUUGUAUACAAGCCCACAAUACACACAUUGUAUACAAGCCCACAAUACACACAUUGUAUACAAGCCCACUAUACACACAUUGUGUACAAGCCCACAAUACACAAGUUGCAUACAUGUCCACAAUACACAUGUAUACAUGCCCACAAUACACAAGUUGUAUACAAGCCCACAAUUCACAAGUUGUAAAAAUGCCCACAAUACACACAUUGUAUACAAGCCCACAAUACACACAUUGUAUACAAGCCCACAAUACACACAUUGUAUACAAGCCAACAAUACACACAUGUAUACAAGCCCACAAUACACACAUUGUACACAAGCCCACAAUACACACAUUGUAUACAAGCCUACAAUACACACAUUGCAUACAAGCCCACAAUACACACAUUGUAUACAAGCCCACAAUACACACGUUGUAUACAAGCCCACAAUACACACAUUGUAUACAAGACCACAAUACACACAUUUUAUACAAGCCCACAAUACACACGUUGUAUACAAGCCCACAAUACACACGUUGUAUACAAGCCCACAAUACACACGUUGUAUACAAGCCCACAAUACACACAUUGUAUACAAGCCCACAAUACACACAUUGUAUACAAGCCCACAAUACACACAUUGUAUACAAGCCCACAAUACACAUGUUGUAUACAAGCCCACAAUACAAACAUUGUAUACAAGCCCACAAUACACACGUUGUAUACAAGCCCACAAUACACACAUUGAAUACAAGCCCACAAUACACACAUUGUAUACAAGCCCACAAUACACACAUUGUAUACAAGUCCACAAUUCACAAGUUGUAUACACACCCACAAUACACAAGUUGUAUACAUGCCCAAUAUGCACACAUUGUAAACACCCCCACAAUACACAAGUUGUAUACAUGCCCAAUAUACACACAUUGUGUACACCCCCACAAUAAACAAGUUGUAUACAUUGCCACAAUGCACAAACUGUAUACACGCCAACAAUACACACAUUGUGUACAAGCCCACAAUAAACACGUUUUAUACAAGCCCAAAAUUCACACAUUGUAUACAAGCCCACAAUUCACAAGUUGUAUACAUGUCGACAAUACACACAUUGUAUACAAGCCCACAAUUCACUCAUUGUGUACAUGCCCACAAUACACACGUUGUGUACAAGCCCACAAUACACACAUUAUGUACAAGCCCACAAUAAACACGUUUUAUACAAGCCCAAAAUUCACACAUUGUAUACAAGCCCACAAUUCACAAGUUGUAUACAUGUCGACAAUACACACAUUGUAUACAAGCCCACAAUUCACUCAUUGUGUACAUGCCCACAAUACACACGUUGUGUACAAGCCCACAAUACACACAUUAUGUACACGCCCACAAUACACACAUUGUGUACGCACCCACAGUACACACAUUGAAUACAAGCCCACAAUUCACACAUUGUGUACAAGCCCACAAUUCACAUGUUGUAUACAAGCCCACAAUACACACAUUGUGUACAAGCCAACGAUACACAGAUUGUGUACAAGCCCACAAUACACAUGUUGCACACAAGCCCACAAUACACACAUUGUGUACAUACAAGCGCACAAUACACACAUUGAAUACAAGCGCACAAUACACACAUUGAAUACAAGCCCACAAUACACAUGUUGCAUACAAGCCCACAAUACACACAUGGUAUACAAGCCCACAAUACACACAUUGUGUACAUACAAGCCCACAAUACACACAUUGUAUACAAGCCCACAAUACACACAUUGAAUACAAGCCCACAAUACACACAUUAUGUACACGCCCACAAUACACACAUUGAAUACAAGCCCACAAUACACACAUUGAAUACAAGCCCACAAUACACACAUUGAAUACAAGCCCACAAUACACAUGUUGCAUACAAGCCCACAAUACACACAUGGUAUACAAGCCCACAAUACACACAUUGUGUACAUACAAGCGCACAAUACACACAUUGUAUACAAGCCCACAAUACACACAUUGUGUACAAGCCCACAAUACACAUGUUGCAUACAAGCCCACAAUACACACGUUGUAUACAAGCCCACAAUACACACGUUGUAUACAAGCCCACAAUACACACGUUGUAUACAAGCCCACAAUUCACAAGUUGUAUACAAGCCCACAAUACACACAUAGUAUACAAGCUCACAAUACACAUAUUGUAUACAAGCCCACAAUACACACAUUGUGUACAAGCCCAAAAUACACAUGUAUACAGGCCCACAAUGCACAUGUAGACAAGUCCUAAGUGCUCAUAUUGUUGUAUACAAAUCUCUUGAGCUGUAUCCACUCUGGUGUUGCAUUGUGCCUCAUUAUGUCCUGUCCCAGCUGGAUUGACCUCGACUUUGUCUGGACAUCACACCAUGUCUUACCAGAGUUGUGUGGACAGCCUUGUGUGUACAGUACAUAACAUACAGGUCAGUUGUGUCAGUGAUAUAUAACAAUUGUUAUCAGAGAUGUGAUGCUAAACUGACUUCAAACUGAUCAUUUGUUUUCAUAUUAUGACUUCCUUUCACCUUGGAGAAAGUUCCAUUCCUUCUUUAUGGAAUACAUAAUGAACAAAAGGAACAGUUUCACUAUUUGACCUUGUUAUACCUUGUUCUUGAUCAUAGACCUUGCAUUCAUGUCUUGGAGCACAUUAAAUGUCUCUUCCCAAUUUAA